AUGUUCAACUCGUCGGCACCGUUUGCGGCCUUCGCGCCGCACUUCCCAUCGCCUCUGCCCUCGAGCUACCUCCCCGUCUACUUCGCCGCACGAGACGAGGUCGUGCCUGGCCUGUCCGACAAGACGCUCUCGAUCAUCGCGCCAGUCGUCACCUACUGGGCCUUCUCCCUCUUCUUCACCCUCCUCGACAAUCUCAACUGGGACUGCUUCGAGCGGCAUAGGAUCCACGAGCCGGAGGAGAUCAAGCGGAAGAACCGAGUCAGCGUGCGGGAGGUCCUCGUGGCCGUCGUCGUCCAGCAUGUCAUCCAGAUGGCCACGGCGUACGUUUGGUUCAGCGAAUCGGAUGUCGAGGUCGACCAUUCGGCGGAUCUCAAUCGCUGGGGAGUAAAGGUUGCGACCGGUGUCAUGGCAGUGCUGGGACCGAAGACGGGCGCGCAGGUCCUGGCGCGGUACGGCGAGCAGUUGACGUCGCUCGUCUACUGGUGGGCGAUUCCUGCGCUUCGCUUCGCCUGGGCUGCCAUCAUCCUCGACGGCUGGCAGUACAUGAUGCACCGCACAGCGCACCAGAUCACCUUUCUCUACCGCACCAUCCACUCCUGGCACCACCGCCUCUAUGUCCCCUACUCCUUCGGCGCGCUGUACAACCACCCCAUCGAAGGCUUCGUCCUCGACACCUGCGGCUCGGGCAUUGCACACAUGAUGUCUGGCCUGACGCUCCGACAAGCCACUCUCUUCUUCGUUGUCUCGACACUCAAGACGGUCGACGAUCACUGCGGCUUCGCCUUCCCCUGGGACCCGCUCCAGCACCUCUUCGGCAACAACGCUGACUACCACGACAUCCACCACCAGGUCGCAGGUCUCAAGAAAAACUACUCGCAGCCCUGGUUCAUCUCCUGGGACAUCUUCUUCGGCACCCGCAUGUCGCGCGAAGAAUACGGCCAGAAGGUCGCCAAGCGCAUCCAGCGAGGCGACGUCCCUCAAAGCAAGGUCAACGGCCCGAACGAGCUCGCUUCGACACCGACAAGCCAGCUCAACGGCAAGGCGAUCAAGGAAAAGGUCAACAAGACCGAGUAG